CCUGUUGCGUUAAGUGGUCUUGACAUGGUUGGAGUGGCACAAACCGGAUCAGGCAAAACACUUUCUUAUUUGUUGCCUGGUAUAAUACACAUAAACCACCAACCAUUCCUACAACGUGGUGAUGGACCCAUCGUAUUGGUGCUGGCACCAACACGCGAACUGGCCCAACAAGUGCAGCAAGUGGCAGCUGACUAUGGCCGCGCAUGUCGUUUAAAGUCAACUUGUAUUUAUGGUGGUGCACCAAAGGGCCCUCAGAUCCGUGAUCUCGAAAGGGGGGUCGAGAUAUGCAUAGCCACGCCUGGGAGAUUGAUCGACUUUUUAGAAGUUGGAAAAACGAAUCUCAAAAGAUGCACAUAUUUGGUGCUUGAUGAAGCUGACCGAAUGCUCGACAUGGGGUUUGAACCCCAAAUUCGUAAAAUCGUGGACCAGAUCAGACCUGACCGUCAGACCUUGAUGUGGAGUGCUACUUGGCCCCGUGAAGUCCGGCAACUGGCUGAAGACUUCUUAAAAGACUAUAUUCACAUCAAUAUAGGUGCAAUGGAACUGAGUGCAAACCAUAAUAUUCUUCAGAUUGUGGAUGUCUGUGGGGAUAGUGAGAAAGAUGAAAAGCUUCUCAGGUUGAUGGAGGAAAUUAUGAGUGAGAAGGAGAACAAAACAAUCAUUUUUACAGAAACUAAACGUCGAUGUGAUGAGCUCACCAGAAAAAUGAGAAGAGAUGGAUGGCCUGCGAUGGGUAUUCAUGGUGACAAAAGCCAGCAGGAACGAGAUUGGGUUCUGAAUGAAUUCAAACAUGGCAAAGCUCCAAUUCUGAUUGCUACAGAUGUUGCAUCCAGAGGUUUAGAUGUGGAAGAUGUGAAAUUUGUCAUCAAUUAUGACUACCCAAACUCAUCAGAGGACUAUAUCCAUCGAAUUGGAAGAACAGCCCGUAGUAGCAAAACGGGUACAGCUUACACCUUUUUUACACCCAACAACACAAAGCAAGCUCAUGACUUAAUUGCUGUUCUUCGAGAAGCUAACCAGCAAAUCAACCCUAAAUUGCUGCAACUGGUUGAAGGCGGUCGUUAUCGAGGCGGUAGAGGCAUGAGAGAUGAUCGGCGUGACAGAUAUUCGACUGGCAGAAGAGGUGGUGGAUUUAGUGGCGGUAGAGAUGGGGACAACUACAACCGUGGAUUUAGCAGUGGUCCAAAAAGGGACUUCAACUCAAAACCUCAGAAUGGUUUUGGUGGCGCAUCAAACUUUGGAAAUGGCGGUGGCUUUGGAAAUAAUAAUUUUGGCGCCAAUGGCAUGCAAGGAAGAUUCCAACCACCCAAUCAAGCCCCUGCAUAUCAAAAUGGA